AUGGCUCUGCAAGGCCCGGAGGAGCUGGGGGAGCAGGUCGAGGAGCCGGAGGAUUUGGACGACCAGGACGCUAGUAGCAUCUCCCCGGCCGAGGAGAUAACGCUGCCCCCGGGGCCCGGAGGUGACGAGGGGCCGGGGCAGACUCUCCUCCUGCCGUGGGACCGCUUCUCCACCUGGCUGCACUGCAUCUGUGUGGUGGGCUUCGACCUGGAGCUGGGACAGGCGGUGGAGGUCAUUUAUCCUCAUCAUUCCAAACUGUCAGAGAAAGAGAAAACAAGUAUCUGCUACCUUUCAUUUCCCGACUCAAACUCAGGUUGCCUUGGCGACACCCAGUUCUGCUUCCGCUUCCGUCAGGGUUCAAACAGGAAGUCAUCGCUCAGCUGCUUCCUGGAAACCACAGACCGGGACGCACCGCCAUGUCUGAAGCGGGAACAGGGCCAUUACUACGGCUACGUGUAUUUCCGUCAGGUGCGAGAUAAAUCUCUGAAGAGAGGAUACUUCCAGAAGUCCCUGGUCCUGAUCAGUAAGCUGCCCUAUGUGACCUUCUUCCACUCGCUGUUAAAGAUAAUGGCUCCAGAAUACUUUGAGAAGCAGGAGCCCUGUCUGGAGGCCGCUUGUAAUGACAUAGACCGCUGGCCGACGCCCCAUCCCGGACGAAUUCUGACGCUGCCCAUUAUGGGAGUGGUCAUCAAGGUUCGUAUCCCGACAUGUUACGACAAACCAGGAACCUCGCAGCUGGUCCAGUCCUCCCAGAGUGACAGUCUGGUGUCCAUCGUGCUCCCAACCAUCCAUGAAGUUGACCUCUUCAGGUGUUUCUACCCGGUUUUCUUCCACAUCCAGAUGUUGUGGGAGUUAGUGUUGUUGGGGGAGGCACUUGUCGUGAUGGCCCCGUCGCCAGCAGAGUCAUCAGAUACUGUCCUGGCACUGGUCAGCUGUAUCUCUCCCCUGCGUUACUGCAGCGACUUCCGACCGUACUUCACCAUCCACGACAGUGAAUUUAAGGAGUACACCACCAGGACUCAGGCUCCGCCCUCAGUCAUUCUAGGAGUGACAAAUCCUUUUUUUGCUAAAACGCUGCAGCACUGGCCGCACAUCAUCCGCAUCGGAGACAUGAAGCAAGCAGGUGAAAUGGCCAAGCAGAUGAAAGUGAAGAAACUGAAAAACCUCAAAACUCUGGACUCUAAACCUGGUGUGUACACUGCAUACAAGCCAUAUCUCAACAAAGAUGAAGAAAUCAUCAAACAGCUUCAGAAGGGUGUUCAACAAAAGAGACCCUCGGCGGCCCAGAAUGCAAUUCUUCGACGCUACUUCCUAGAACUGACUCAGAGCUUCAUCAUUCCACUGGAGCGAUAUGUGGCAAGUCUCAUGCCUCUCCAGAAGACUAUCAGUCCCUGGAAGAGUCCUCCUCAGCUCCGACCGUUCAUCCAGCAGGACUUCAUGAAGACACUGGAGAAAGCUGGACCUCAGCUCACAUCCAGACUGAAAGGAGACUGGAUCGGACUCUACAGAAAUUUCCUCAAGUCUCCCAACUUCGACGGCUGGUUCCGCAACAGGAGGAGAGAGAUGACCCAGAAGCUGGAGGCUCUGCACCUCGAGGCGCUUUGUGAGGAGGAUCUGCAGCUGAGAGUCCAGAAGCACACAGAGGUGGAGACGGUUGAUCUGGUUCUGAAGCUGAAGGAUAAACUGGGUCAGGCGGAGAGGGAGCAGCUCCCGGUGCGUCAGGGGACCCUGGCCAAGCUGAAGGCCCACAUCGACGCAGUCAUCCUGGCCUUACCUGACGACCUGCAGGGCAUUCUCCACAAGCCAGCCACACCCUGA